AUGGACCAAGUCAUCAGCUUAUUGACCUCCUCUCCGGCUGUGCCCCUAAAGAAAUCCGCGGACAGAGGGUUAGGAGCCAGCUUCGACGUCCUCGAGAGCCCUCACAACCCGUCCUCGGAUAAGCUAGACGACUCUCUCUUUGAAUAUGGCGACUUCAUCGACAGCUCAGUAACGAAGAGACGGAAAUUAAGCCCUCCUGUGGGCCGGACGCUUCCUACUGCGAACUACGCUACACCCCACAAGUCUCCUGGCUUCAUACUCUCAGAUAUAACAGACUUUGACAGCGCAGGCAACACACCUAGCAUAAUUCCAAGCAAGUCAAGGGUCACAAACAACAGCUCAAAAUAUGAUACCUGGGACUUUUUCCUUGAUGACCCUAUCAUCUGCUCCUCCUCUGGGCCUAAAAGCCAGGCUCGAGAAUCAUCUACUAGGGCGAAGCAGUCAGUAACAAUCGUUAUCGACGAUGAUGACGAUGACGAUGAUGACAUCCUAGGUAUACCGCCAGUGACUGAUGUUGAUGGGGAUGACGACGACGAUAUCUGUGAAUUUCGAGCUCCACCGACUUCAAGAGCAUUUAUCUCAGAGAAGACGGCUCGGCUUCUAGAGCAGCUGAAAAGUCAGAAUGCCCCAAAGACGAAACCCAGAAAGAAGAAGCAGCAUAAUAUCGAUGUUUUGUCAGAUGAUGAUGUGUUGCCUUCUGUACGGCCAUCGCGGGCACGACGACCUGCAAUCAGUCAGACAGCUGGUAAAACUGCCGAGAAAGCUGCCAAAGCACUCGAACGAGAAGCGGCGAAGGCGAGACGGGAAAGGGAAAAACAGACACAAAAAGAAGAAAAACAAAGGCAGAAAGAGGAGAGAGAGAAACAAAGACGAAUUGCCGCCGACAUUGCGGAGGUGAAUAAGUCGAAGGUGGAUAAGACAGUAUCUGUCGGGGAGAUGAUUGUUGACAUGUCUUCGACAUUUCAGGAUUCUAGCAUUGGCACUCAAACUGAAGAACAUAUGCGGCAACUGGGUGUACCGAUGCACUUUACGCCUACUGAGAUCCCUAAUACAGUGUCAUGGCGACGAAAAGUUACUGCACGAUAUAACGAGGCAGGGCACUGGGAACCAUGUCCAUUGACGAUUAAAGCGGAGGAGCAUGUUCUAUGUUGCAUGACGGCAGACCAGUUUGUGGAAAUGGCUAUCGCGCCUCCAAGCGGUAAUUCAGUGAAAUCCCAUUUCCAGAAGCUGACCGGUGAAUAUCCAGGCCGUAAACCGGUGUAUCUCAUCGAAGGUCUCUCUAUCUGGACUAGGAAGAAUAAGACUUCCCGGAACAGGUCAUACCAAGCCGCUGUCCUUCAGCAAAUCGACAACAACCAAUCUAAUCCCGUUGAACCUCCGGUAUCUCAACCCAAGCGAAAGAGAGCAACUAAGAAACCAAAUGCCCCACCUCCGGUGGACGAGGAUCUAAUUGAAGAUGCCCUGCUUCAGCUUCAGGUGCAACACUCGUGUCUAGUUCACCACACCGCCGCUCCUAGCGAAAGCGCAGAAUGGAUCAAAGUGUUCACUGAGCAUAUAUCGACAAUUCCCUAUCGCCGAGAGCUUAUGAAAAGUCACGAUGCCUCGUUUUGCAUGGACAUCGGACAGGUAAAAUCAGGGGAUGAUGCGGGCGAUGCCUAUAUACGAAUGUUACAGGAGGUGAGCCGCAUCACAGCACCAAUAGCCUAUGGUGUUGCUACGCAAUAUCCCUCCGUCGGUCGACUUGUCAAAGCAUUAGAUAGUGGAGGCCAUCUCCUUCUUGAAGACGUCAAGGUAUGUUUAAUCUAA